UUCAUGGCACAUAUGAAAUAUCCCAAAAAGCAAAACUCGGUGACGUAUGCAUAUAUACGUAAUUCUCGAAGAUGGCGUCGCGUGACGAGUUUCCCUUGGAUCAAAAGCUUUUGAAAACGUUUUAAAAUUCUUGGUGUAAAAUUUCUACAGCUCGAAGAGACAGAAUAAAAAGAAAAUAAACAAAAAAGCGAUAAGUAAAUUAUCAAGAUGAACUCUUUCCGAACUUCUGAUCUCGGUACCGCAGAUCUUGGGAGCGGCAACGUCAGCAAUGAAAAGGGCACUAACAGCCAUUGGAAGGACAUUGUGAACAAGUAUGAGAGACGAAAUGCUUCGCUAGAACGGCGUCAGGCCCAGUUGUCCGAACGUCUUCGAGCCAUGGAGUGUGCCCUGCCAUCGAUGCUGAUGAACGCUAUGGUCUCCAUGCACUACGGAACCGAGCCACCAAGCAUGGACCUGACCAGCAUCUUGUCCAAGUCAGGCGUCGGUUCCGGGACACAAGGCGUGGACUUGAACCAACCGAUUUCUGAGAGUUAUCAAAUAGAACUCGUUUACAAAAGAGAUGAAGAACCGUUCGACGCUAACCGGCAAGGUAAGAACUCGAAGGAUUCGACUUCAACGUCAGUAAGGAGUUCUCGGUUCGCCACCGGCGAUGACUCGCAUCUGAAUCACAAUACGACUAGUGAUGGUCAGGUGCCAACCGAUGAUGAAGGUCUUUCGGUUAUGAGUUCUCGGGACUUGAUCGCCCUCGGGCGAAUCCAGGAGCUGGCCGAACAGGAACGUUUGCUCAAGAGGUACAUAUGCGAUCUUGAAAGCCGUGAACGAACCUUCUGCGAGACUUUGGAGAAGGCCAACAGACUUCUGAACGAUCCAUUGGACUGCAUGGAGUGUCUGCCCAUCUGUCCGGGCGCUGAAGUCAAGGAGCCGCUUUCAAACGAUCCGGUAAUACAGAGGCUGCAGAAACUCGAGUUUUACAACAAGAGAAUGAUCACGAGCAUGCGGAGUCUCAGGCAGGAGAAGAACGUGCUGAUUAAACAGACGGACAUGUUGAAAACGCAGCUCAGAUCCACCCAGGAAAAGCUCGGUGAGGUGCAGAAAGAGGUGCUUGGUGAUUCGAAGGUCAUUCCUGUUAUGGGCGAACCUUCGUUCACCGCGGUGCGGGGUACUUGCAGUUGCGCCUCUACCACAAACAAAGAGAAUACUGUGGGGAAAAGCACAAGUCCAAAAACGCUGAUCCAGUUAGCCGAACAAUUCGAGGAUGUCUUGGAAAAAGCCAAGAAUCGAGGUUUGUGCAAAUUGAGCGGCCCUAUUAAGGAAACUGCAACGAAACUGAAGCAGCUGAGCAAAUCCGAGGAGGGGUACAAGUGCAUUUGCGAUUGUCCCUGCGAUCCCACAACGAAAAAAGAUGGACCCUGCCCCAAGUGCCUAUGCGGACAAUUUGACGCUGAUAAGUUAGGCGAAAAUGGCGACUGGUUUUGUAACAGCUGUGGCGGAGAGUGUGUCUGCGAUCUCGUGAGUCUCGACGAUGAUUCUUCUGAAACGAAUCAAGACAAAACUAGAAAUUGCGAGUGCGGAUGCAAAGAUGAUGAAAUCGCUUGCAGAUGCGGCUGUGGAAUUGUGAACUCAAAUGACGUUUCUGAAACAGGCGAUAUAUCAAAAACAGUGGCUAGGAAAUUGUCCGAAGAUUUGGACGGCAUAAUUUGCAAAGAUUGCGGAAAUUGCAAGUGCGGUGAUGACCACUCCAGGUGUCCGGAUUGCAUCGAGGCCUGCACUUGCUCCUGCACCACGAAAACGGUGCCGGAAUCUUUACCAACUCAUGACGAAAUCCAGUCAGGCAGCAAAACGAGAGAGUUACAAGAUCCUAAUAUCUGUGGUCCUCGUUGCGCGUGCAGUGAUUCGAAUACCAAGAGUUCGGAGAACGAUGUCGUCGAUGAGCUCAGGAGAAGAUUCGUGUUUCCAUUAGGAAACAAAGGCAAUCCUGACUUGCACCCAUGCUUCGAAUGCGAGCAGAAAGAACCUUGCGACGUUUGCUUUACCGAAGAGCUGAAGAGAUUAGACGAAUCAAAAGUCACCGCGCGUUCCGUUCUUAAGCAGUCUCUCAUACCCCCUUCAUCAAUACCAUGCGAAGAAUGUUUGAAAUUUGGUACCCAACGAAGCAAAGAUGGCGGGAAGACAAGUCCAAUGUGCAAUCUGUGUCAAGUGCGCGUGAUCCCAAACUUUGGUGCUGAGAAGACCUCAGAAAUAAUCGUUGGAGAUGAAGGAAGUGGAGACCAACUCGACUCAAAAAAAAAUCACGACUCAAAUUGUCCGUGCGGUUGCGAAGCGACGAUUUCGACGAACCCAGAUCAGUGCCUCUGCGGAUGUGACGACGAUGCGAAUAGUCAUCAUGCGAUAAAAAAAGACAGCUGUCCCUGCGGAUGUGACGAAACAACAGGGCAACACGAGGCAUUGCAGGAAUCAGGCUGUGACUGCGAGUGCGCCAAGGGUGGGGUGCACUGCGACUACUGUUGCUGCGUGGAUUCCGUCGUGAAAAUGUUGAACGAUGAUAAAAUGGCGCACGAAAAAUCUCCGGAGACUUGUCCUUGUAUCGAAGAUAGUAACCGGGAAGCCGAGAUGGAGCGUUUGGCCAGAACUCUUCAGCAGGAAGUCGACUCCAUUGGCAGAAAAAAUUACGUUCUGCAACAGCUUGUCGCUAAGUGCGGCUGCUCCUCACCUGAAAUUAUCGAGGGUUUCUACCCUUCGGAUGGUUGUCCCUACCACGAUCCAGCACCAUUAAGGCCAACCAUUUCUGGUCUGCAAGCAACUGUCGAAUUGCUGCGUGUGAAGAAUCGCAGCAAGGAUGGAAUGAUCGCGGCUCUGGCUGAGAAUCUUGGAGACUCGGUAGACCCUGGAAAAAUCGUCGAGAAAUUGGCCAAAUCAAUCGCUGCGGCAACUGAACAAGACUUUGACCAGUGCAGGCUGUACGAUUACCUCAACAGCCCAGGUUGCGCUCAGAUCAGCAGCAAACUGCCAAGCCGAGAUGAAAUUUCCACUCGUGAAGAAGAGUCGGAAGACUUCGGGCAAAUUGCUGGAGCUAGAGACGCGGAAAUGAUAAACCAAUCACGAUACGGCAUUCCCCCACCUCGAGACUUUGCAGUUCUGAAUAAGAUCUGUGACGAUUGUCUCCUAGUCGCAUGGAGUCACCCGAAUGAUAUUUCGUUCGUCAAUGGUUACGAAAUCCUCGUUAACGGGUAUUUGGCGAGCCGCGUCAGGUCGCCCACGCGCACCGAAGCUCUCUUGGUUUCUCUUGACAUGUCACGCCCGGUAUUGUUAACCCUGUACUCAGUUGGUCCCGGAGGAUCGUGCUCCGAGCCGGUAAGGAUUACCCACCCACACUGUCCCUGCAUCGAUAACCAACACGUCUUCAGAUGAUCGCUGAUCAGGUACUAGUUUGUUCUAUUUCCUUCACAGGAAUUGAAGCUUUUGCAAUUUUGUUAUUUGAAUUUAUGUUGAAAAAAUCAGUGAAAUCUCAGAAUUCUACGUAAAAU